AUGUCUGCCACAGGGGACCAACACCCGACCCAAGGGGACCAGGAGGCCCCGGUAAGCCAGGAGGGAGUGCAGGCCGAGGCGGCCGGAGCUGGUAACCAGGAGGGCGGCGACUCCGGCCCCGACAGCAGCGACAUGGUGCCUGUGGCCGAGGUGGUCGGAGUCGCAGGGCCCAUGGAAGGCCUCGGGGAGGAGGAGGGUGAGCAGGCGGCAGGCCUGGCCGCAGUCCCCCGGGGCGGGAGCGCCGAGGAGGACUCGGACAUCGGGCCUGCAGCGGAGGAAGAGGAGGAGGAGGAGGAAGAGGGGGAUGAGGCGGCCAACUUCGACUUGGUGGCGGUCACCCGUCGUUACCCAGCAACGGGCAUUGGCUUCGUGUUCCUGUACCUGGUCCACUCCCUUCUCUGCCGCCUCUAUCACAACGACCACAUCCUGCUAGCGAACCAUCAUCACCUUAGCCACCUGAUGGCGGGGCCCCACGCUGAUGGGCCCAACCUGUGGGGCAACCCCCGCCUGCUGCUGCCGCCCCAGAUGCUGGGUGCAGGGGCCGCAGCCCGGGAAGGUGAGGGCCUGGGCCUGAUCCAGGAGGCCGCGUCGGUCCCAGAGCCUGCAGUGCCAGCUGACCUGGCCGAGAUGGCCAGGGAGCCCGCCGAGGAGGCCACAGAGGAGAAACCCUCAGAGGAGACCGCAGAGGAGAAGUUUGCAGAGGUGGCCACAGAGGACCCGGACGCAGAGGAACCGGCCACAGAGGAACCGACCGCAGAGGAGGCCGCGGCCCCCGAGGAAGUCACUAAAUGUCAGCCUGAAAAGUGGGAUGAAGAGGCCCAAGAUGCUGCAGGCAAGGAAGAGAAAGAACAAGAAGAGAAGGAUGCAGAAAACAAGGCGAAGAACUCCAAAGGGACCUAG